GUCAGAGUGUACCAAUGGGAUAGCGUAGGACUCUAUAAAUACCUUUAUUCUUAUAUAAAUAAUAAUUAGAGCUUCAUAAAUACCUUUAGUCUUUAUAGUGCCUUAGGAUAGCCUAUUUUUCGUCUCAACGAUCUUCCUUGCGCUCAAGUGGUUAGUGAAAAAUUUUACCCGCGCGAUGGCGCGGGCGCGAUGCGUGAUUCCGAUUUUGAGUCGAAUCAGUCGAAGUUCGGAUUCAAAGAUUUCAAAGUUGAGCGUGUGUGUACGUGAUGUAGAAAUUAAUUAUUUUAUUAAUAUGUUAACAGUUUUUUCAAGUUGUCAUUGUUAUUUACAACACAUAGAAUACAAUUUAAAAUAUUAUAUAUUUAUAGAAUAACUGAGUGGAAUACAUUUUUACUUCAAUUUAUAAAAAUGGAUAUAAGGAACUUCUUCAGGCCGUCGCCUACGUCAAAAGGUGUGAAAAAUGUUGAGUCAGAAAAAAAGAAAAAAGCCAAAAAGAUAAUCAUUAGUGAUUCUGAAUCCGACGAUGAUAGUCCUAAAAUAACUACAUCAAAGAAAAAUGUAAAAUCUUCAACUGGAAAUGAAACCAAUUCAGUGAAAGAUGAACAGAAAUCCAAAUAUUUCAAACCAGCCAAACCUGAGGAUGUUUUUAGUUGUGCUCCAGUCAAACAAACUUCUGUACCAAAGUCGACUAAGAAAUCUUCUAAAAAUGUGACAGAGAAUGAUGACGAUGAUGGAUUUGAUGACAUUUUUCUUCAAUUGAAUGAUGACGCUGUUGAGAAAAUGAUCAAGGAAGCUACAGGAAAAUCCAGCUCUGUUUCAAACGGAAAAAUGGAAUUAGAUGAAAAGCAGAAGGAGAGUAAGGACUGGAAAGAGAAGGGAAGUGAUAGAAAUGAUAAGAAAGAUAAAAAUAUUGAUAACGAAAAACAUGAUGGUUUUUCAUCGAGAAAGAAUCAUAUAGAGAAGCAUGAAGUAUCGGAGAAAAGUCAUAAAGAAAAACAUGAAAGUUCUCCGACGGAAAAAAGUCAUAAAGAUAAGCAUGAAAUAACUUCAUCGAAGAAAAGUCAUAAACAAAAGCCUGAUAGUUCUCCAUCACGAAAUGGCCAUAAAGAAAAACAUAGUAGCUCUUCAUCGAAAAAUAGUCAUAAAAUUGAAAAAAUUGUAUCCAAUGGUUUGACAAAACACAAGAUAAAAGAAUCAAACGAUAAGAUAGCAGAUAAAAUGUCUAAUCAAGUCUUAAAUUUAUCAGAUAGUGAUAGCGACGAUUCUGUAGAAAUUGAAAAGGAAAAGAAUAAAAGUAAAAGAGAAGAGAAGAAAAGUAGUGAACAUAUUAAAAAAGAGGCUAAAUUGAAACAUUCACCUGAUAAAAAUGGAAUGAUUUCGCCUGAAAAGAAAAUUAAAAAAUCUCCUCAGGUUAAAAAAAUUGAACCGAUGAAAAACACUUGCAUUGAUAUGUCGGAAAGUGGAAGUAGCGAUGAAGAGAUACAAAUAAAAAGCCCACAGAAGAGAAACGCCAAGCCUGAGUCAACAGCUACAAGCCCAAAACGCCGUAAAAUCGAAGAAACAAAAGUGGAGACCGGACAAAAAAGAAAGUCGGACGACAUCGGUUCACCUCACGAUUCGAAGAAAAUGAAAUUUGGCGAGUCAAGCCAAUCGUGUUCCUCACAGGCGUCACUGUCGUCUUUAUCGCAAGCAUCUGCCUCACAACAGUCUAGUGCGUCGUCACGCCCUCCACUGAGUCAGCUGUGGGUGGACAAGUAUAGGCCGGCCUCCAUGAAACAGCUGAUUGGUCAGCAAGGUGAUAAAAGUGUGGCUAAGAAGUUGACGCAUUGGUUGUCCCGCUGGCAUGCCAACCACAGCGGCAAUAAGAAGCUGCAAAGGCCUAGUCCGUGGGCGAAAGAUGACGACGGUGCCUAUUUCAAAGCAGCUCUGUUAUCGGGACCACCUGGAAUAGGUAAAACAACCACUGCACACCUGGUAUGUAAGGAACUUGGCUUCGAUAUGGUGGAAUUCAAUGCAUCCGAUACAAGAUCUAAAAAGCUGCUACAUCAAGAGGUCUCAGAACUUCUUUCUAGUAAAUCAUUGGCUCCGUUUUUCACAGGCGGUGGCAGCAGCCGGGGGGUAAUGACGAGGAACCACGUGCUGGUGAUGGACGAGGUGGACGGAAUGGCGGGCAACGAGGAUCGCGGCGGCAUCCAAGAGUUGAUAGCGCUGGUGAAGAGUGCGCAUGUGCCGAUCAUAUGCAUGUGCAACGACCGCAAUCAUCCCAAGAUGCGAUCCCUCGUCAACUACUGCUUCGACCUCAGGGUGCAGCGGCCGCGUGUAGAGCAAAUCAAGGGAGCAAUGAUGUCAAUCUGCUACAAAGAAGGCCUGAAGAUUGCGCCGGACAAGCUGAAUGACAUCAUCAAGAGCACCGAUCAGGACAUCAGACUCAUUCUCAAUCACCUCUCAGUGUUGGCAGCCAACAAAGACAGUCAACUACCCAACUCAGAAAAGUUUGUCAAAUUGGGUCCUUGGGAUGUUUUACGCAAGGUUUUCUCAGAAGAGGAUUUGAAAAAGAUGACAUUCAACGAAAAAAGUGAUUUGUUCUUUCACGACUAUAGCAUUGCACCUCUGUUUGUUCAAGAAAACUAUUUGAAUGUAGUGCCGCAUGCCAAAUUGAACAAAAAAGAAAAAAUGGACGUGUUUGCCAAAGCUGCCGAAAGUCUAUGCAACGGAGAUCUUGUCGACAGAACUAUAAGAAGUCGUAACGCUUGGUCUCUGUUACCUGUGCAGGCUGUGUUUUCAUCAGUAGUUCCUGGAGAGGUGUUGAAAGGACAUAUGGGCGGCCAGAUCAAUUUCCCCGCCUGGCUUGGCAAAAAUUCGUCGAAAAAUAAAAUGGACAGAUUACAACAAGAGCUGCUUGUUCACACCAGGCUAAGGGUUUCGGCCAGCAAAGAAGCAAUCAACAUGGACUACAGCACGCAUCUGAGAGAUCUGAUAGUGAGGCCCCUGCUGGAGCAUGGGAGUGAGGGUGUGAGUCAGUCUCUGGAAGCCCUCAAAAACUAUGAUCUGGUCAAAGAUGAUCUGGAUAGUCUGACUGAACUGUGUAAAUGGCCCAGCUCCAAAGAUCCUUUUGCUAAAGUUGAGAGCAAGGUGAAAGCCGCCUUCACCCGCGCCUACAACAAGUCGGCGGCGCCGCCCCCCUACGCAGUGGCGGCCGUUGCUAAGAAGGGGCGGGCGGGGGGCGGUGGUGAUGGUGAUCUGCUGCUAGCCACCGAAGAUGGCCUAGAAGAGCCGAACGAAGCCGAAGCCGAAGACGAUGAUGCCGAAGACAAGGACUCGAUCGAGGUGGACUCUAUGAUUUCGGUUAAAAAGAAAACGAGCAAAACUCAAGAGAAAAACGAAGCAUCCAGCUCGAAAGGAAGGGGUGCGGGGGGUAAGAGGGGGCGAGGUCGAGGCAAGUGAAAGUUUAGGAUAGU